GGCACCGUUCCUGCCCACGGCCCGCUCGCGUCAUGUGAACGACCGAGGGGCACCCGAGACCAGCGGCGAAGAAGGAGGCGACUCGCGGCGGGAUGGAAGCAACUUUAGAGCAGCACUUGGAGGACACAAUGAAGAAUCCAUCCAUUGUUGGAGUCCUGUGCACAGAUUCACAAGGACUCAAUUUGGGCUGCCGCGGAACCCUGUCAGAUGAGCAUGCUGGGGUGAUAUCUGUUUUAGCCCAGCAAGCAGCUAAGCUAACCUCAGACCCCACUGAUAUUCCUGUGGUGUGUCUAGAAUCAGAUAAUGGGAACAUUAUGAUCCAGAAACACGAUGGCAUCACAGUGGCAGUGCACAAAAUGGCCUCUUGACAUCUUGUAUCAGUUCUCCAGCAGCUUGUCAUGGGGACUCAAUCGUACCUUAUGUUAAUUAUCUUAUAGAGCUAUUAGAGUUCCAGUAAUUAGGCCAUUCAUGUAAUGUGCAUUGGGCACUCUUCUAUUAAUUUUAGAGUAAGCUGCUUUUUGACACUCUGUGGAUUGACUUAUCAAAAUACUAGUUAAGGGAAGUAUGUUUUGAAGCAAGUUUAGGUCACUUUGUAUACAGAAUUUUGUUAUGUUUAAUAAAACUGGUUGGAGGAAAGCUUG